GAGUUUCAGUGUACCUCGAAUAGCAGUGUCGUGAAGUUCUGUCCUAUUUCCUUCUCUAUUUGACUGGAGUAGGAAGAAUCGCUCCGGCAGAAGAGAUAAUCAACUAACGGUGCUUCGUUGUUUUGCUUGUCUGCGGUCGACUGUUGACACAUCUGCAAACCACUAUCGGGAUUUCCAUCGAAAAAAAAAAAUUACAGGCAAAAGAUAGCGAAUUCCGAAGUUUCGGUCCAAAAAAUCACACCUAAUUACACACAUUUCGUCACUUGUAUCGACAUCGUUCUGAAUGGAACGUGGCCAAAUAUGCUAAUAGCGAAAUGUUUACCUCAUCUCUUAAGAACACAACAACGGGUGUGAAAAUGAAGCUGCUAGUGCUUUUACUAACGGGCGCAAUAGCCGGUGUAAAAGGCGAGCAACAGAUUUCAAUCGAGACGGUACCACCUAACACGAACGUAACUCAUCUCCGGAACAGUGACUACGAGUACGAAUACGUGUCAAGUUGGCCUUCACUGGAUCGAAAGCUGGGAUCCGUUUCGGCGGUAGCAUUCGAUUCGUACGGAAACGUUGUUAUCUUCCACCGGGGAUCACACGUUUGGGACCAAAGUACGUUCAAUCAGCGUAACGAGUACCUUCCAAUUGAUCGGGGACCCAUCGCCGAAUCAACGCUGUUGAUUCUUACUAAUCAAACCGGAGCACUUGUCAGUGAAUGGGGUGCUAAUUACUUCUACAUGCCUCACGGUUUGACGAUUGACCGACAUAACAAUUAUUGGCUCACGGAUGUUGGUUUGCAUCAAGUUUUUAAGUUUGAUUUAAGCGUUUCCAGCACGGAACCGAUUCUAACGCUGGGGAAUCGCUUCAAACCAGGUAACGAUAUUCGUAGCUUUUGUAAGCCAACAUCCGUCGCAGUGCUGGAUAGUGGAGACUUUUUUGUAGCCGACGGCUACUGCAACGGUCGGGUGAUUAAAUUCUCUCCGGAGGGGAGCGUGAUCCUAAGUUGGGGAAAAAACUCUUUCAGUUUGACCCGUACGUUCAGCAUGCCGACAGGACCAGUUCCAGCUAGCUUCUUCGCCAUUCCUCACGCGUUAACGUACGCUGCGGAUAAGGAUUUGCUGUGCGUAGCGGAUCGCGAGCAGGGCCGAGUGCAAUGUUUCAACGCCGGAAACGGAACAUUCCAUUCAAUGUAUAGCCAUCCGCAGAUAGGAAGCCGGCUGUUCAGUGUGAAAUACGCUCCCUUAAGUGGAGGUCUGCUGUACAUCAUAAACGGUCCUCAAUUUAUCGGCCAACCACUGCCAAUCAGUGGAUUCGUACUUUCGAUGGUUAGCGGAGAAAUAGUGGGCAAAUUUUCCCCCUCCAAUCAGCAGAUGGCAUUUAGCAAUCCACACGAGCUGAGCAUCAGUCCGGACGGAGGCCAAGUAUACGUGGCGGAGUUAUCUCCAACCAAAGUACAUAAAUUCACGCGCAAGAAUUAUUUACCAGAUGCCGAAGAACACCGCUCGCUGGUAACGAAAACUUCGCCAUCACCUGUACCCAUGAUUCCAAUGGGACCGGAUGAACCAACAGUGGUUUCCGAUUCCUUGUACGCAAGCACUCUGACCGUGGUGGCCAUUGUAAGCAGCUUGCUGGCAACGAGCUGCCUAGUGUUGUGCCUCUCCCGAACUAUCUGCUUCAAGGGCAACCGACGGCAACGGUUUUCCAGUACCGUCGAAAACAUUUCCCUACGCAGUCUGAACCAUUCCGAAGACAACCAGGCUUGAAUGGUUCCUUCGAACGAACGCAAUGACUGAGAAAUUGGAACUAACAGACUACCUUAACUAGAAUACCCGCAGCAAUACAGAUGACUAACUUGGUAACUUGCACUGUGAUGAAGAGUUUACUUAGAAUUAAUAUAUUUGCCUCGAUGU